AUGAUUAAACGAGUUAUUGAUUUUAUGGAUCUGAAAAAAUCGGAUUUUCCAGAGUUUGAUAUCGUGCAUUCAUUGGAAAGGGUCCUUAAGAUUUCGCCAUCUUUUGCUAGAAUUGACAGGAGCAAAGUAGACAGAAUGCGCAAGCAGGGGAUAUUUUUGUUACAGUGUGCAAUGAAGUGGUUUUUAAGUACCGGACGUAAGCCACUUCCAUUGGUAGUUGCUGUUUUAGUUCUGGUAGCUGAAUUGAAUCAAGUUGAAAUUGGAAUUAGCGAGUUGGCCAAGGAAGUUCAUGCUGUUGUUUCCACUUGUAAAACACGAUACAAAGAGCUUUUAGAGAAACUUGUAGAAGUGGCACAAGUUUUGCCUUGGGGAAGAGAUAUCACCACCAGAAACAUUGUUAAACAUGCACCAUCUGUAAUUAAGUAUUUGGAGACAAAGGCUAUGUUGAAACCUGUUGAUAAAAGGAAAGACCUAGAUCUUCCUGAGUCUAACUUGGCAGAGAUGGUUAGUGAAUGUUUAAGACAACUCGAUGAAAAUGGACACAAGACUGAUUCCAUAAACGUGCCAAGUGAUUCUCAUUGUAGCAUAUCACAAAACAAUAUUCACUCUACAAGACCAAGUGCUAGGGAUGCAAACAAACUGCUUUAUUCACCUGAAUGUUUAUCCAUGUUGUAUGAGAAAUCUUCCGAGAGGGUCGAUCUUCAGGAUUGUAGCGAGUGGUGGAAUGGAAAAUCAGAAUUGAGCAAAAAGCUUGUACUCAAACAGUUACUCGAGAAGGAUGUCGGAUUCGAAUCCAUGCCACCUUCUUUUAUUUCAAACUGCUUGAAAUGUGAGAUGAGAAGAGAGAAGAUCAAUGCUGCUAAGGUGCGCAUAGAUAGAAUAAUGCAUCCAUGGAAUUCUGAUUUGGGUGCCGAUUAUUCUGAGAAAAAGUUCAAGAGAAGAAGAAAGCUUGUUGAUGGAGUUGAUUGGGAAGACCUGAUUAUUGAGACCUUACUUCUUCACCAAGUAAAGGAGGAGGAAAUUGAGAAGGGAUACUACAAUACAUUGCUGGAUUUACAUGUGUUUAACUCUGGCAUUGUAUGA